CGUUCCCAUCCGGAACGGAAGGGUAAAACACAACGCCCAUCACUAUUGACAGGAGCGGGAAUUGAAUGUGAAUUGUAACAAAUAAAUAGAGUCUAGUGUCAACCUCCAAACUGAAUAGAUUGGUCCUUCGAAGAAGAAAAAACCCGAAGCGUUCGACCCACAGCCAGGCUCGAACAUUUUGGUCCGAUCGAACCGGAUAACUAGUAGAAUCGCGGCCUGAGACCACCGUCCGUGUGUGUUUGUCAGUGUGCCGUAUCCGUUCGAGUAAUCGCCAGCGUUACUCGAAGACAAACGAAUUUUCAACAACCACCGCCCGCGUGCGUUGUGUGACCGCCCGUGUCACUAGAGACGUUUCCAACAACCACCCCCGUGUGAGUUGUGUGACCGCCCGCGUCACAAGAAAAAGUAGUUCCGGACAACCAUCGCCCGCGUGCGUUGUUCAAAAGUGCGUGUGUGACCGCCCGUGUCACAAGAAUAGUGUUUUCCAACAACCGCCAUCCACGUGCGUUGUGUGACCGCCCGCGUCAUUGGAAAGUGUAGUUUUCGAAAACCAUUCGUGUGUGUGGUUUAAGAGUGCGUUGUGUAAGCGCACGCCUAAUUUGAGGAACAUUUCCCGCGAAAUCGUGCAAGCGUCUGUGCGCGUUGUGUCCGCAGUCUUGUAUGUGCUCGUGUGUGUCGCUACUGUUACGGCGACGUGUGUGCAGAGACAGCUUUUGUUCUUAGAAAUCAUACAGAAGAAACUCUUGCAAUCUGUGUGCUCAUGUGCUGUGAUUGUUCCUGGGAUAGCCGCUAGCUACGUCAGUUUGCAUGUGUUGGUGCGCUGUUCGCAGAGGUUACAGGAAAAUACAAGUUUGAACAAGUUUGAUCCGUGUAUUGACCAGCGCUAACCACUUAGACUCGAGGAAACGCUACGAGUUGCUUGUGUUUGUGCACUUUGCUCAGUUUUGUUCACGGAAAUUUGGCGCAAAGGACUCGCUUCGCUAACCGCGUUCGGUGUGCAUCAUACGUCGCAGGUUUCAACGUGUUGGUGUACUGUGCUGCUUUUACUAAUCGCUCGUUUUACCGUGUGUGUGGUUGUGUAUGGGACCAGAGACGCGAUCGCAAAAACGCGCGGAAGUGGACAAAAUGGCGACCAAGCAACAGGAAUUGGAAAAGGCGAUUCGUUUACGAUCACAUGUAAAGAGUAAACUUCUGCGCUUACAAAACACGCUGUUGCAAGCUAAGGAUAUUACGCAUCCACAAUUGCAAGUAUUUGAGCAAAACGCUACCUCGAUCUAUGACGAUUAUUGCAAAUUCCAUACGAGCAUAAUCGGUCUGAUUACUGACGAUGCGAUGGAAGAACAUGAGAAAGAAUAUACUGAUUUCGAAGAACUGAACAAUACUGCCUUGACCAAGAUUUGUGAGCUGAAACUGUCGAUGGAAACGGAGGAGGAAAAGAUAACCUCACCACCCCAGGUGAUCUUCCAGCAAAAGCCGCUAAAAAUCCCGAUUCCAACCUUCGAUGGUACUUAUACAGCAUGGCCUAAGUUCAAAGCCAUAUUCCAGGACUUGAUGGCCAAUUCUGGAGACAGCGAGGCCGUAAAGUUGUACCAUCUUGAUAAAGCGCUCACCGGAGAAGCUGCAGGAAUAUUAGAUGCGAAAGUGAUAAAUGAAGGCAACUAUGAACACGCAUGGCAAAUACUAACCGAGAGAUACGAAAACAAGCGUAUCAUUAUCGACACCCAUAUUCGCGGUUUAUUCUCCCUGAAGAAAAUGACAUCAGAAACUCAUCAUGAAUUGCGCACCUUGGUUCAGGAAGCUUCACGUCAUGUGGAGAGUUUGAAAUAUCUAGGACAAGAACUGCUAGGAAUUUCAGACCUGAUGAUAGUUCAUCUGUUAGUGGCAGCACUUGACAAAUCCACUCGGAAGGCAUGGGAGGGUACGCAAAACAAAAGAGAACUGCCAAACUAUCAUCAAACGAUUGAGUUUUUGAAAUCUCGGUGCCGAAUUUUGGAAAAUUGUGAAACAGCCUUUCCAGUUACAACUAAUAGUAAUCUUAAGCCGCAGCAGACCAGCCAGGUUAAGAAUAUACCACAGAAAAGCCAUGCCGCUUCCUCUAUUAUUCCGCAGUCAUGUGAAUUUUGUGGUGGCUCUCAUCGAAACCACCAGUGCACUGAGUUGAAUACCCUUACUUCCACUCAAAAAAUGGAACGGAUUCGCGCUGCAGGAGUAUGUUUCAAUUGCCUACAGAAAGGACAUCGUGUUCGAGAAUGUCCAUCUACAAUGAAUUGCCGUAAGUGUCAACGACGGCACCGCACAAUAAUUCACGAAGAAGGCGCUCUCCAGCGAACUACCAGCUUCAAUUUGACUCAACCUGCUGAAACCGCAGACAGGUUGCCAUUUGUUCCUGCAACGUCAACCCAGAAGACAAAUCGUGUUACCAACCCUGUAUCCAGCACCUGCUCAUCGAAUUUGGUCCAGUCAUGUAAGACAGUUCUACUUCAAACAGCCUUGGUACAAGUGUUUGACUACAAGAACCAGCCUCAUCUUUGUCGAGUCCUUCUAGACAGUGGCUCACAAGUGAAUUUUGUGUCAGAAGAACUCAGCAACCGCCUUGGAGUAAGAACUACACCAGCGAAUGUACCGAUCUCAGGCAUCAACGCCUUACGAACCCUUGCUCGCGAGAAGCAAACCAAUCAUGCUUCCAUCGAAGCCGUGGAAGAAAUGAUGCAACAGUUCUGGAAAAUUGAGGAGGUUCCCGACGUACCUAAGCUGGCCAAGGAAGAGAUGGCUUGUGAAGAGCAUUUCUUAUCAACCUACAACCGUGAUGAAACCGGACGUUUCGUGGUCCGACUACCGUUUAAGGAUACCCUUCAACAACUGAAUUCUUGCCGUGCACUUGCACAAAAGCGAUUCCUUAUGCUAGAAAGACGUCUUGCCCGUCAUCCUGAUCUACAGAAUCAGUAUAAGGAGUUCAUCCACGAGUAUGAGGAGCUUGGACAUUGCCAUGAAAUCCACGAAGCCCAAGAUCCCCCACAACAACGUGCAUAUUACCUGCCCCACCACGCAGUAUUGAGGCCGUCCAGCUCAAGCACGAAGUGUCGAGUAGUGUUUGAUGCCAGCGCCAAAGCGGCGCCUUCUGAAUUCUCUCUCAACGACGUGCUGCAAGUGGGUCCCGUAGUACAAAACGAUCUUCAUUUUAUUGUGCUGCGGUUCCGUAGAAACAAAAUUGCGUUUUCUGGUGAUGUUUCCAAGAUGUAUCGUCAGAUACGUCACGCUGAGGAAGAUCAACGAUUCCUUCGUAUCUUUUGGAGAGAUCAUCCGUCGCAACCAUUGCGAGUUUUGGAACUGAGUACUGUCACCUACGGUACUGCCGCUGCACCGUUUUUAGCUACAAGGUGUCUGGUGCAAUUGGUAGCAGAGGAUGGUAAUGCGUUUCCUGUUGCCUCGAGAAUCGUCUUGGAAGAAACAUACAUGGACGAUGUACUGUCUGGUGCGGACUCAGUAGACGAAGCGAUCGAAGCUCAACGUGAACUAAAGCAGCUCCUAGCGCAAGGAGGUUUUCCUAUCCGCAAAUGGUGUUCGAAUUCGCAAAGGUUUCUCGAGCAGAUACCUGAAGAGGACCGUGAGAAAAAGGUGAAGCUGGAAGAAAAAGGAGUUAACGAAACCAUCAAGGUGCUCGGAGUAUGUUGGGAUCCGAACGCUGACAUAUUUUUCAUAUCCUACCACCCGGAGCUCUCUUCAACCGAACAGCAACUUACAAAGCGAAUAAUGUAUUCCGAGAUAGCUAGAUUAUUCGAUCCACUCGGUCUGGUGUCACCUGUCGUUGUUUUAGCAAAGCUCCUAACACAACGACUGUGGAAGCAGAAGAUUGGCUGGGAUGAUCCAGUCGACGAAGCUACAAGAAAGGAGUGGCAAGAUCUGCAGAAAUCUUUGUCACAAUUGCACCGCAUAGCAAUUCCAAGAUGUGUAACUUUCGAUGGAGUAGUUGCAUGUGAGAUACAUGGAUUCUCCGAUGCCUCAUCUUACGCAUACGGCGCAUGCAUCUACCUUAGAAGUUUGUUUCCAGAUGGUUCAGCAAAGUUACAACUCCUAACUAGUAAAUCGAAGCUUGCUCCACUGCAUGACCUCUCCAUCCCACGAAAGGAGUUAUGCGCAGCCCUCUUGCUUACCAGACUGUUGAAAAGAGUACUACCAGCCCUGAAUAUGAAGCUCCGAGAAAUUGUGUUAUGGUGUGAUAGCACAAUUGUUCUGGCCUGGAUUGGUAAACCGCUCAAUCAAUUGCAGCUGUUUGUUCGUAAUCGGAUCGCUGUGAUUCAGGAAGAGACGAGUGGCUGCAAAUGGGAAUACGUCCGUUCCCAGUUCAAUCCAGCCGACGUUAUAUCCCGAGGACAACUGCCCGAGGCUCUAGAAGUAAACAGUCUUUGGUGGAACGGUCCCGAAAUGCUGCAGCGAGUAGACUACGAAACAUCCUCGCUACCUCCGCUCCCAGAUGAUGAAUUGCCUGAAUUGAAGGAUGUAGUUUCGUCUGUGGUUGUAAGUAUCGAGCCACUAACGUUCUUCAACAAAUUCAGUCAUUUUAGGAAAAUUCAACGGAUAAUGGGAUAUGUACUCCGAUUCAUUGAAAACUGCCGUAAGCCUGCUCCACUACGAGAACUUCGCCGUCAUUUAACUGUUAAAGAGUUACGUCUUUCGACCGAAGCAGUCAUCAGAGUAAUCCAACACGUUCAUUUGGCGGACGAGAUACGACGAGUAAUGGAAAACCAACCCUGUAAGAAGCUAGCAAACCUUCGCCCAAUCUAUGUCGACGGGUUGCUACGUGUAGGAGGUCGCUUAGAUAAAUCCUUGCUUCCGUUCGAGAAUCGCCAUCCAAUCAUUCUACCCAAUAAGGAUCCAGUUGUACGUUUGCUGAUUCGACAGAUGCAUGCGGAACAUCUUCAUAUUGGGCAAACGGGCCUAUUAAACGUACUGAGACAACGAUAUUGGCUUAUCCACGCCCGUUCGACUAUUCGGGCUGUUACGAAAAAUUGCGUGAGAUGUUUCCGACUGAACCCGACAAACACUAACCAGCUGAUGGGAGAUUUACCCGCUUCCAGGGUUGUACCUUCACCGCCAUUCGCUAUCACGGGAUUGGACUACGCUGGUCCAAUCAUGAUAAAACAAGGGUCACGCCGUCCAGUGAUCACCAAGGCCUAUGUGUGCGUAUUUGUAUGCAUGACUACCAAAGCUGUGCAUUUAGAAGCAGUAUCCGACUUAAGCACCGAUGCUUUCCUGGCUUCCCUAAAGCGUUUCAUCGGUCGUCGUGGAAUGGUUCAGCAGCUUAACUCUGAUAAUGCAACAAAUUUCAGAGGAGCCAACCACGAACUCAAGAGUCUUUUUGAGCAGUUCCACAAUCAGCAGUCGGUGGAUGCCAUUCAGGAGUUUUGUCGGUCCAAGGAAAUUGAAUGGCAUUUCAUACCACCAGAUGCUCCCGAGUUUGGUGGCCUCUGGGAGGCUGCCGUGAAAUCUGCAAAGACCCAUCUAAAACGCAUCGUCGGCAACGUCAAGUUGAAUUUUGAAGAGCUGAGCACGGUCUUGACUGAGAUAGAAGCAGUUCUCAACUCUCGUCCAUUAUUCGCUGUGUCCAACGAUCCUGCGGACCCGAUGGUAAUUACCCCCGCCCACUACUUGAUAGGACGACCCUUAACCGCCCUGGCUGAGCCGUCUUUGGAAGAUGUACGAGCCACCCGGUUGUCUCGUUGGCAGCAUCUUCAGCUCAUGCGCGAGCAUUUUUGGCGCGCAUGGAGCCGCGACUAUCUCAACACUCUGCAGCCAAGAAAGAAGAACCUGCGAGCCAUGCCUAACAUCCGGAAGGGUUUGGUUGUUCUUCUUCACGAUCGAAAUCAGCCACCUCUAAACUGGAAGAUGGGUCGAGUUACGUCGGUCUACCCUGGCAAGGAUGGUUUGGUUCGCGCUGUUGACGUGUUCACGGGAGGAGCUACUUAUCGCCGCGCUGUGAACAAAAUCUCGGUACUACCCAUCGAAGAUAACUGUUCCUGAAUUCGUCUUUUGAGUAAACUCAACGGGGGGAGUAUGUUCCGUUCCCAUCCGGAACGGAAGGGUAAAACACAACGCCCAUCACUAUUGACAGGAGCGGGAAUUGAAUGUGAAUUGUAACAAAUAAAUAGAGUCUAGUGUCAACCUCCAAACUGAAUAGAUUGGUCCUUCGAAGAAGAAAAAACCCGAAGCGUUCG